AUGAAGUAUAAGGAAGUUACCGAUGAUCUGUAUUUUUCUUUCGAAUAUUUUAUGUUUUCCAACUUGACAAAAAUUAUAACGGAAAAUAAAAAAUGUCAAGUAUGUAACAUAAACACUAAUAUUGCCUUUGUUUACAAAAAUAUAACUUUUUAUGCUCAUUCCGAAUGCUUAUCUUUACAUUUUUUUCAUCAGUUUUUUAAUUUAAUCACUGAAUCUCAGAAUAAAGCCAGUAAUGACCUACAUUUGGAUAAUUCUUUGGGAUCUGCCAGAGGGAAUAGAGCCUUGGUGACACCUUCCAACUCUCUGGAAGGAGUUGCAUUAAACGGUAACCAGGAUAUCGCAAAUUUCAACGGCAUUGGCGAUUCCAAGCCCAGAAAUACACUAAAUAGUAUAUACUCAUAUGAUAGGAAGUCUGAGAAAAUAAGCCUGCACAUCCUGUAUGAUGUGAACAUAGGUGAUGAGGACGAAGAGAAAAUAUGUUAUUCGUGUGGAGGAACUGGUGUUUACUUCAAAUGCCUAGUGAAAAACUGUAAAAACUAUAUGCACUUCAAUUGCUCGGGUAAUGGGUACAUCAUCAUCUACUCCAACUACUCCCAGUUUAACCCACAGUACAUGACGAAUGGAACGGAGUCAGGACUAACAACUAGACAAGUAUCCAACAGUAAGGAGAAAUUGGUUAGUUACCGGUUCCUGCUCUGCUAUAACCACAUCAAGAGUGAAAACAUUGCGUAUGUCAAGCAUACAUUCGUGAAUCACCUGUAUAAUAUUGCAGAGUUUAAUGUACAAAGUCACGUCCAUAAACCUACGAUUAAGCCUGCUACUAACAAGAAACAAAAUAAAUUUAACACUCUUGCAGUUCAAACGACGACGACAAGCUCGUUUGCUCCUGGAACUAGUCCUGUAAAUGGCUCAAUACCUCAUGCACCAAGACCUCACCCAGUUGGAGUUACCACGAAUGUGGGUAUAAACAACAUCAUCUACGAGUAUAAUAUUUAUAAAAAGUCGAACAUAAUUAAGAAUAACAAGCCUAUUAAUAUAAACCAUUUCAACAUUCUCUUCAUCCCGAUUUACACUCAUCGCAACACCAGCACCCAGACCACCCAGAUACUGAAUUCUAACAUAUCUAACACGUCUGAAUCGUACACUUCAAAUAAACACCUGUCAAGCACUCAUGGCACUCCGUAUACACCACAACCUGAAGAAUGCUACUCGGACAUAGUUGAGGAUCUAAAGUCCCUGCUAAAUGCCGAUAACGGGUCCAUGCUCACCGUUAACGAUUUGAAGAAGCUGGUAAUUAACACUGAGUACGGUGUACAGAAUAUCGUGAAUGUGAUAAGGCAGUUGUUGUACCCUAACACAGCCCCAAAGCUCCCAGCUCAGUAUUCUGGGCCUAACACUCUACUGGAGGAUGAAAUAUAUAACGUCGUGUAUAAAAAGCCGAAAUUUGUACUACUUAAGCUGUAUAACAAGUAUAUCUGGAUGUCAAUAAUUAAACUGUAUAAUAAUAAAUAUAAAUUUGAAAAACUGGUAAUUCUCCACUAUUUAUCAAUCAGCCAGAUGGAGUACAUUUACCUCAAGUACAUCGUCAACUCAAUUUACUUCUUUAACACUCGUACGAUAAAUCCAAUUAAUCCGUUAAGUGAUAGUAAUCUCACUAAUGGCACUGAAGGUAACACAGCUAACCAUGUCAGCAGAGGCUCUAACAGUAACAUGACCUUCAUAUAUACUAGAAAGUCUGAAAACGACACGAUCCAUGAAGACUCUGAGGAGGAUGGAAACAACAGAAUUGUGAGUCUGUACGGCUAUAACUGGAGCAUUAACCCAACUGUGGGUCUGGGUUCAGAAGACACAGAUGAAGAGGACGAACUUUCAGAAAACACCGAAAAUGGAUUUGUAGAGAGGCAGAUAACGUGUAUAGUGAGGUCACUGAAGUUGAUAAAGAACGAGAUUGAGAAGCACAAGGUUGCCAUGAAUGAGAGGAUAAGUAAUGAGAAGUACAAGGGUUUGAUAUAUAAUAAAACGGCAACUAACCACUACAUUAACCUCUCAAAUCUUCUUUUUCACUACAACAAGUUUCUUUUCUCGAUUAAAAAAUCAAUUCUGCACUACAAUAAUGUAGGCUUAGAUGAUGAUGAGGAACUUGAUAGGCUAAAGGCGUUUGACGGGAGAAGUGACUCAGGAGAUACAUCGGAGAUUGGAGAGGGUAGUGAAAGGCGUGGGUCUACUGACUUGUUGGAUGAGAGCCUUAAACAGAACGUCAACGAUAACAUAAACUUGGAGUACUGCUCAGUGUGUUUGUUGAGUGAGUUGAGCCACAAGAAUAUUCUAUUGCAGUGCCAGAAAUGCUUUAUACGAGUCCAUUACAACUGCUAUAAUCCCACUGCAAAUAAUAAUAAUAAUUCCACCGCUGCCUCCAAUAGCUACAACUCUACGAUACCCUCGUAUGGCACUAGUGGAACAUCGACAAAUAACACCAACAACAGUAAUAAUCAAGUGGUUGAAACUGCUUUUUUCUGUGACCCCUGUUUAAUGGAGAGGAAAUUUGAAAAUAACUAUAACACGGCUAUUUGCAUCUCAUGUCUGUCUUCUGGAGGAGCGAUGAAGAUCAUCUACGUCAACAACAGCGUUAAGUUUAUACACCUGGUCUGCCUCGCAUUCAUUAUGCCAAGUAUCACGUUUAACUUCCAGACUAACCAGUUCUCCCUAACAUCAAACAGCGCUUUCACAAACAUGAAAGUCUGCUCCAUAUGUAACGUCAUAGGGGGAAUCCAGAUACAAUGUUGUUCAACACAGCCUUUGUAUGAACAGGGUUUCGAAAACUCACAGUCAGAUAGUUCUCCAAACCACACCUACUCAGAUCUUAACGGAAUAGAUAAUAAUUUAAGACCAACUAAGGGAAAUAAGUCGCCAAGGAAUAAAGUGGAUCUGGACCAGAAACUAAACGGAGUUGGGGAAAUGAAGAUAGUGGAAGUAGGGUGUAAUGAGGAAAAUACGUCUGAGAGGUGUGAUGUGAGCUUUCACCCAAUGUGCUGUCUGUUGAGUGGAUGUUACAUAAAGUACUCUAAUUUAAAUAAUAUAAACUUGUAUAAGCUGAACAACAGCAUCAACACUAACCUUCUCCAGUACUUGAUACUCAAGCCGUUGUGUAUUAAGCAUACGACGCAAUCACAUACAAACAAGUUUCUAAAUGAUCAAUGUAUAAAGAGAAGUUAUGCGUAUACCCACUAUAUGUAUCACCCAGAUGGGUUUAAGAGUAAAAAGAAGUACUUAUCGCUGCCAAUAGAACCCAUUUACUCGCCAGUCACAAUAACCAAAAAUGGUCCAGUAAAAUCACAGCCUAAAUUACUGACCAAUAAUCUAUACAACUGUAAGUUUAUACUCAGCGCUCUUGAUACAAUUGACGAGUUGAUGAACAAGAAGAUGAAAUAUAAUGAGCCUUAUUUAAUAUCUGUAAUCUACGGUUUGCCGAGAGGUUUAUCGGGCGACGUAUCAAAAUACGGAAUAUACUCAAUUACACAAUAUUUAACCAGUAUUCCCCAUACACAUUAA